UGUCAAACUGCAGCGAACCGCGAAGGUCAGGUAAGUUGACCUUUAUCUGUGGCCUAGUUUAUCUCACCAUCAUUUCGCGUUUUGACAGCUUGAAUUGCUUCCUGCAAGCACUGCCUCCAGCCAGCUUCGCUGACUCAAAACUUCUACUGGCCCAACCUGAUAAAAAACGAUCAGAUUGACAUCUUCAAUCAUCACAACAUGAGCAUUGACAAGAACCUCGCUCGCCAAGCUGCAUGGAGCUCGCAAGUAGCACAAAGUGACUGCACGGACAAGAUCAUUGUGCAGAACCUCGCAGUCACUGUCAAUGCCGGCACAGACGUCUGGGGACGCAAGAAGAAGCAACGAGCCCUCAUCAGCGUCACAGUCACGCUCGGUAACCACUUCAGCUCGGCAUCAUCGACAGACACCGUCGACGAGAGCACUGUCCACUAUGGAACCCUUAGCAAAGCAAUCCAAGGGCGCAUCCAGGACGACAACCUAGAAUGGAUGAGCACAGCAGAUCUCUCGAUAGCGAUCGCUGGCAUUGUGCGCACAGCUGCUGGCUCAGCCCCGAUCUUUGCGAUAGAGACCGAUGUCUGCUACCUGAAAGGCAGCAUGUUCGGUGAGGGAGCUGGCCACCAGGCGUCCAUCGUUACCCAUUCGGGAGUCUACUCAAAUGUGCUGUAUCUGAGGAACGUCCGCAUACCGUGCCUGAUCGGUGUGAACUCUAACGAGCGCUUGCAACAACAGCCCGUAGUUGUCAAUCUGUGGGUUGAUUGUGUCUCUGCAUCUCGUGUGGAUGACUACGCAGCCCUAGAAACUGCACUUGUCCAGAUCGUCUCGGCAACGGCGUACGAGACGCUCGAGAGCCUCUUGGCGUUUGUGGUACAGGAACUCAAGACGAAGUUCUUUGUCAAGGAGGAGGAUCAGAGUGCAUACAUCCGCCUGAGGAUGGAGAAGCCGAUGGCAGUGCCUUUUGCGGACGCCCCAGCUGUUGAGAUCACACGCUCGUUGCGAUCGGUGUAGCAACAUGAUCGACAAACAGUCAAUCGACCGUCAAGAAGAAGUCCAGCUGCAUGUACUUUCCCAGGGUGAGCUGAAGUGUGCCCCUGAGAUUGACUGUGGCUCGUGCCGCUAGUCGUGUGUAGGCGAGCACUUUACAGUGUAAGAUGCCGGACUAGGCGAUAUCGAAACAGUACUUUUGUGAAUUGU